CAAUUAUAUAAUUGAUUAGUUAAACUAGUUUAAACAAUACAUUCCAUUGGAUUUUAAGAUAAACCCCUUAAUGGUUGUAAUUAAAAACAUUUGCUUCAAUUGUCAUUCAAUGGAUCUUACAUGUGUUUUAUACUACUAAGGACUCAAGCACCAGGCAGUAUUUCAGCAAAUGGUAACCAUGACUGCGGCAUCUGGAGUAUUGCUUGUUACUUUUUUGAUUGGUGCCGUUUAUGGAGAAUCGAAAUCAAGUUCCGUAACCAAAAUGGUUGGACAGGAUGUUACAUUAACAUGUGGUAUUCAAAACCUUUCCACAUACCCAACGUGGGUAAAGCAAACCCGCGUGGACCAUGGAGAAGACACAUCUGUAUCAUUAAGUUCAAGGUCACUCAGCAUGUCAACAAGGAUUCGAAUUGACAACAGCAUUCUGCUGCUGAUGAAUCUGACCCUUGAUGACAGCGGGAAUUACACUUGCUCUGUCCCUGGCCAAGGAAAUUAUACCAUUACUUUGACUGUCAUUCAACCCGCAGAAUCAUGGAAACAGGCAGUUGUGGGUUUUGGAGUAACAAUUCUGAGCUUUUUGCCAGGAGUUUUUAGUAUAGUGACAAUCGUUUGCUAUUACAGAGAUUUUAGGCGCAAAGACAAAUCAGGAGAUCGUACAGCAUGCUGGAUCUGCGCCUGCCUGGGAUGGUCGUUUCUCCUGUUUAUCGCAAGUGCUGUUUCGACAUGGUUUUGUUUGACCCGUUCAGAUGAGCUGUUUCCGUGGUAUAUCGUGUUCCUCUGUGUUUUGGAGCUACUGACGGUAUCAACACAGAUAGUAAUGAUUGUUUGUAAAACACAGGUAGCAAACGGAAACCGACAACAUAUUCAGACUGAUGACGAUGAAGCUAGGGUGGAGCUAGGUGGUGAAAACUAGAGUUAAACCGCGAGAGACCACAUGCAAGACCGAUACUCAGACCGCUCCUAAGAAACUGCACGUUACAACUUCUGAAUAACACACAAAUGUAUAUAUAUAAACUAAAAUAGCAUAUAUGUAUUAACGUUGUUAGAUGACUUAUUCUCACAUCCGAGGUAAGUAGAAAACGUUUUUACGCUGCAUUCAAUGAUUAAUGUUGAACUCUCCUCAGAACUAUUUGAAGAACGAUUUUACUAUUAACAUAUUUUGAAUCACUGCGCGCAUAUCUAUGGCAAUCACAAAUUAUCCCAUAUCUAUACGCGAACUAUUUUCACUACGCAGUACGCUCAAACUGGUUCAAGCGAGAGAAAACAACAUUUUAGUUUUAUUUUGUUUAACUGAGGUGGGAGAAAAAAGAUCUACCACGGCCGCUCGUGUCAGACUCGUUUCCGCAAAUUAUCCUACGCUACGCUCGGGUUGGGAUGAACCUAUCUAUCUAUAUGAAGAUACGUAUUUUCUGCAAAAAGGCUGCUGUGUAAGAAAUAU